UUCUGGCCGAGUGUUCCGGCGAAGGUGCCGCCUACGCCCGGUGCGUGCUCGAGCACAAGGACAACCUGCAGAAGGGAGACUGCACCAAGGAGUUUGAGCGGCUGGCGAAGUGCGUCCGGGCCAAGGCUCGGCCCUGAAAAAUGUUCGAGUCGAUUCGCAGCGCCUUCAAAGGGGUCGAGCAACACCUUUUGAGGGCGCUGGUCCUCCGCCUGGCAUUGGUGGCCGCCUCUGGCCUCUUGGACCACCACCUUCCCGUCAAGUACACUGACGUUGACUACCUGGUGUUCAGCGAUGCGGCCGCCCACGUGGCCGCUGGCCGCUCGCCCUACCAACGCCACACUUACAGGUACCCUCCAAUCCUGGCCUGGCUGCUCGUGCCCAACCUGUGGCUGCACCCGGCCUUCGGCAAAGUCCUCUUCUCGCUUGCAGACGUGGCCGUCGGCCUCCUUAUCCACCGCCUUCUACUGGCCGGUGGCAUCGAGGCGGCCACGGCGGCCACUUUUGCUCAAGCCUGGUGGCUCAACCCGAUUCCCAUCGUCAUCUGCACUCGAGGCAGUGCCGACGCCCUGACGGCCUGUUUGGUCCUGGCCGCCUUGCUGGCCGCCCAGAAGGCCCGACCUGGGCUCACUGGCCUCCUCAUGGGCACGGCCGUCCACCUUCGACUUUAUCCAGUCGUCCUGGGUUUCAACUUUCUGGCCGCUUGUUCGACCAACUCGGCCAGGUUCCGGCUCUGUUUGGCCGGAGCCGUGUCCUUCGGCCUGCUGACCUGGUUCAGUUGGUUGUUCUACGGCCACGAGUUCCUCGAGCACAGCUACCUGUACCACUUGGACAGAAGAGACGCUCGGCAUAACUUUUCACCCCUUUUCUACCCCCUGUACCUGAUGGGGGCCAAGGCUGCCUGGCUGGGCACCCUGAGUCUGGUGCUGCAGGCGGCCCUGGUGAUCACCGUGGCCAUGGCCUUCGCCAAGAGGAAGGCUGACCUGCCGUUCGCCUCCUUCUGCGCCUGCGCCAUUUUCGUGGCCUACAACAAGGUGGUCACUGCCCAGUACUUCAUCUGGUUCCUGUCGCUGCUGCCGGCGUGUGCCGCCAGACUCAGGGUGUCGGCCACCAGGGCCCUGGUGCUCACUGGCAUCUGGCUGGUCACGCAGGUCACGUGGUUGCUGCCGGCCUACCUGCUUGAGUUCCAGGGACUUAACACCUUCCUGCUCAUCUGGCUGUACUCGCUGGCCUUCUUCAUCGUCAACGUGUUUGUGUUGGCCGAGCUGGCCGCCUGCUACCAGCCGGCGCCGCCACCCCACCACACCACGCGGCCAAAGCCGAGGACAGUGCGAAGGUGAACCAAACCAAAUGACCCUAGUCGAGUGACAGAACAGAUAAUUGCAAUAGUGCCUCCCUAUAAGGAGGAUAGAUACGAAGUGAGGUCAAAAGACCGUAAGUAAAUUUAACCUUCGUUAAUUUGACUCAGUCUGACCUUUGGUUGUUGGUAUACAUGUAAUUUUGGUAUAAAUAAAAUAAAGGCAGUGAUUGUUCUAUAGC